AGCUCGGUCAGCCGUCCGAGCCGAGCGCUGAGCCGCGGCUACCGCGGUCCGCGGUUGUCAUCUUCAGAAUUCAUCAAGUGCCUGGUUUACGUUUCUGUUGUCCUAGCCAAAGUGUUUCUGUUAGUUCGCUGUUAAAAAAGUCCACAGUACUUGAGGAGGUGCAGCGUAUCGGUAAUGGUGUGUAGGACUUGAGGUAUUUGUUUUCUUUGUCCAACCACCGCUGGAGUUGACAACGUGCACGAUUUCGCGGGUAAACUUUUGCUGUCCCGCUGGGGCUAGCAAACGUGUUGUGCGGUAUUAUUUCGGCUGCUGUGAUAUCGAUCGCAUUGCCGUGUGUCAAGUGCAAUACGACGGAGCAGGAGUUGACACGUUGUGACCUGUCUGAGCUGUUUCUUUCCGGGGUGCCUUGCGCAACAUGUCCGAUUCAUUCGUCUCUAACGGCAGCAGCUCGCCGAGCCUGUUGAAUACGCUUAGACAUUAUAGGUUUCAAAAGAAAUGUUCGCAGCAGAGCCCUGGCUUGGAGCGACGUUCGCCGUCGAGUGACCAGCGAGGUUCGCCUGAAAGAGACGAAGAUGAAGUUGUCAUCCCUGAGACUCCCGAGUCGGUAUUGAUGCGGUCUGGGCUGGAUAAGAACAGUGCGGAAGCGUCUCCUGAUACAAUCGCAAGCUGCUCGACUGCUGACUUAGAAGAAAGUCAAGUUGUAACCAAUGGAGCGAGGCGAAAGCGCGUCCUCUCGAGCAGCUCUGAAGAGGGUGGAGGGAGCAGCAGCAGUUCGAAGAGGUGUGCUCUAGAUGCCGGAAGGGAAACUAACCACAUGGACGAUGACAGCAGUAGGGAGAAGAAUUCAGAUGAUGAGUGCACGAGGUAUAUGACUGACAAAGAGAAGGGGCUCAAGCUGCUGAUUGACGAGUUCAGAGGAGCUGACAUCAUGGACGUUCAAGAUGCUCUGGUGCAAUGUAAAUGGAAUGUUCAUAAAGCGCGUAUGCACUUGCUGGGCAACCCUCCGGGCAUCAAGGACCCCAGCCCACAUCGAAAUGCACGGUAUAAGACGGUUUCCUCAUCCAGCAGCAAAGGGGAAUUUGAUGGUGCAGAAGAGCAGAAAAAGGCUUUGCCGAAGGUCGAACGCCAGGAAAAAGUCGCUAUGACGAGUGAAUCACCAGUGAAGAGCACGAACGCUGGUCUGUCCAAAUUCAAAGCCUUCAAUGAUCUCAAAUCUCGAGGCACCCAAAAGAAGGUGUCGCAGCGGCCAGCAAAGGCGCUUAAGAUUGACGACGCCAGCGAUGAGGAAGAGUAUUGCAACGAGGACAUCUAUGGCUCCGCUGACGACAGUGAGGACAGUGGUGCAGAGGCAGACGACACACCUGCGAGGGCCGAAACGAAGCGGGCCAUCACAGAGUUUUUUGACAAUGCCUCUCUUAAUGAACUACUUGCGAUCCCGGGCUGCAGUCGGAAGAAGGCUGAGGCCGUUCUGGAGAACCGACCAUAUCAAACAUGGAAGACUCUGGUUUUUAAGUUCGAAACAUGCAAGAACUUGUCGCCCGCCCUCCUGAAUAGUUCCAAAAACUUGCUGCACACACGUGGUGUGGUCAAUCGCCUAAUGGCCCGCUGCCAGAGCAUCUCCGACCAGAUGCAAGAGAUCGUGUCACGCCUUGUGAGCGGUGAGAGCGAGGACUCUGACGAGUACAUCAAGACCCAACCAUCCCUGCUAAACCAAAGUCUCCGUCUUUCCCCAUAUCAGCUCAUCGGCCUCAACUGGCUGACAGUGAUGCACAAACAGGAAGUGAAUGGAAUCCUCGCCGAUGAAAUGGGCCUGGGUAAAACCAUCCAGGCCAUUGCCUUCCUCGCAUACCUGCAGGAACAGGGCGAAGCCUCGCCCCAUCUGGUUGUGGUGCCCUCUUCUACUUUAGAGAACUGGAUGAGGGAGUUCACGGUGUGGUGUCCCUCGCUCGACAUACUCGUCUAUCAUGGCAGUCAGAAGGACCGGCGGGAGCUCAAGUACAAUAUUCUUAUCGGUGAAGCGGGAAACUUCGACGUUAUCAUUACGACGUACAACAUGAUUUCUGGAAAUGGAGAAGACAGAAGCCUCUUCAAGAAAGUGCCAUUUCAUUAUGUGAUCUUCGACGAAGCCCACAUGCUCAAAAACAUGGCUUCACAGCGCUAUGCCAACCUCAUGAAGAUCAGUGCAAAGCGGAAAAUUCUCCUCACUGGCACCCCACUGCAGAACAACCUCGUGGAGCUCAUGUCUCUGCUCACAUUUGUCAUGCCCAACAUGUUUUGCAAGAAGACGGACCAAAUCAAGCUCAUGUUCUCAGCAGCAUCUAAAAACGAGGAGGACCAAAGCAGCUUUGAGCGUAGCCGUAUCGAGCACGCCAAAAAGAUCAUGCGGCCGUUUGUUUUGCGGCGCCUGAAACAGGACGUGCUGCAGCAGCUUCCAGUCAAGCACGAGGAAGAACGCUAUUGCACCAUGACUCCUUACCAGCAGACCUGCUACAUCAACUUGGUGGCUGAUCUUUCGAAGGAGUUCAAGCAAAACAAGGAGGCCCAGUCGGGGAUGGUAAUGAAGUUGAGACGAGCUUCAAAUCAUCCACUGCUUCUGCGCAACCACUUUGACCUGGAGAAGCUGCGAAUAAUGUCCCGUGUCUUGCUGAAGGAACCAACAUAUUUUGAUGCCAAUCCUGACCUAAUAUUUGAGGACAUGGAAGUGAUGUCAGACUUUGAGCUGCAUACACUCUGCACCAAGUUUCCUAUCCUUCACGAGUUUAAGCUCGACGAUGACAAAAUUCUUGAUUCUGGCAAGUUUAAAGAGCUGGAUUCUUUGUUACAAGAACAUAAAGAGAAGAAAAAUCGCGUGCUGAUAUUCAGCCAGUUCACUAUGAUGCUGGACAUCCUUGAGGUGUAUCUCAAUAUCAGGCACCACAAAUGGCUUCGUCUCGACGGCCAGACUUCUGUGCCUGACAGGCAAGACUUGAUAGACCAGUUCAAUGGGGACAGCGAAAUCCUGGUUUUCCUCCUCUCAACGCGAGCAGGAGGUUUGGGGAUCAAUCUCACAUCUGCCAAUGUGGUCAUCAUCCACGACCUAGAUUUUAACCCGUACAAUGACAAACAGGCAGAAGACCGCUGCCACAGGCUGGGCCAGAACAAAGAAGUUUACAUUGUAAAACUAAUCAGUAAAGACACCAUUGACGAAGGCAUUCUGGCUAUUGCAAAGGACAAACUCAAGCUUGAAAGAGAGAUUACGGAUGAGACAGCCAAAGAAGAUAUGGAUGUGGCCAGUGUUGCCCAAAUUCUCAAGGCUGCUUUGGGCAGCUAGUUAUUUCCAUUACGAAUGCAACGUCAUCUUCUUGAAUUGAUAUUUUUGUUAUUUCAAAGAGAUAUUUUAGUCUGUUCUUCACGGAAGCUGUGGCUAUGAUGACCGUCUACCCUUCCCCCCCCCCCCCCUUUUUUUUUUCUUUUCACUGUACAAUUUUGUGAUAUACAUUCGUUCUUUUAUAGUAAAUCUCUAAAAGGUUCACCAUGUUUCCUUGUGCAAGUUCUUGAUAUAAUGUGGACAUCUGCAGCCUAGGUUGAUACUUCAUUUCACCAAGUAUCAUGACACCGAGAAUAAUAAAAUCAUCUACAUAUCAAUUAGUAAAUGCCUUCAAUUGAGAGUCGAACUUUUUCAACGAAUGUGACCCCGGUGGGUCGAUUUUUUUUAUUGCUGAAUUAAACCCUUCGGAUGAAUCUACUUCAGAAAAAAGAAGUAAUUUUUUUAGGGCAACUAUAAAGUGAAAAAAAAAAAAAACAGUGUUUCACAGUUGAAAAUUAUGCUUUGCAACAAACAUUGUCAACAGACAUUAAAAAAUAAGUGCACAAAGUCUUGUUUAGUGGAAACACCGUAGGAGAACAGUCACCCUUAGUUCAGCCAGCAUUGUCUCGUGACAAGUGCUAUUGAGAUGUCUCUAAUUUGUGGACAUCUGAGUGCUAACGAGGCAAGCAACGUGGUGUCUGACAGACUGACAUACUAUGAAUCGGAUUCUGGUGCAGCAGUCGAUCAGCGGUUUUGUGGAACGGCCGCUCGACUCAAUUUCGGCAGAGCGACCACUGUGCACCCUCUCAGCUCAAGUGAACUGUGCGGGUGAGUGAACUGAAAAAAGCUGUGUGCUUGUGCAUGCAUACAAAAAGCAAAAACAAAUGAGAAAGCUCCGAUAAUCUUUCAUCUGUUUGCCAACGACAUGAAAGGCAGUUUUGAGACUCCCGAAUCUGGAAACGCUGUGCAGCUACAGCAGCAUUGUUUGUUAAGUCAACGCCUGCUCUGGGGAGCAGUAAAAGAGAGAGAGAGUAACAAAUCUGCCAUCCUUUGAGACAUUCUAAACCAGAUAGCCAUCAGUAAUGCGGGUGCAAGAAGCAAGAACCACCCAAAGGGCGAUACCGGAACUGUUGGCUGUGCGCGAUCGAAUGCACAAGAGAUUGCCGGCACAUCGCUGUAGUAAAACUGAAAAACAACAGCGCAUGAAAAAAAAAAAAACUUCUUGCAUUCCCAAAUCUGCCAUCACAUGCCAAGCUAGAGAAACAAUUGAACUACGCAAACUUUUUAAACAUCGAUGAUGACAUGCAUGUAUCUCAUGGACCGUCUUGAAAAUGUUUGCAAAGGACAUGCAUAUACGUUUUCAGCAUUGAUCCUUUCAGGGUCAGUGUUGAGUUUUCGGAGCCUGCAGUGCUGUUCAAUCUUAUUUCCUAACCCAUAAUUGGUAUGUCUGACAUUUCAGUUUAUAUAACGUGUCAUGUUUGUUUAACAUCGUAACGCUUCAUGCUGCUAAGAUAAGGUAUGUGCGUUUGAUUCCCUGCCAUUGUGGAUGCAUUUAAAUAGGGGGAAAAUACUAGGACACUGUACGUGGAUUUAGUUGGAGAUUAAAGAAAUCCAAGCGGUCGAAAGUAUUUCACGGUCCCCCACCACAAUGGGCCUCACUGUCAUAUGGUUGUGGCAUGUAGAACAAUAAAUUGUUAUUGUUUGUUCUUAC